AUGGCAGGUAGUGGAGUAGUGAUAUUUACCAUUUGUAGUUUGUUCUACUUGGUGUCAGGUGGCCGUUGGUCACUUGUUGUAGCUGAAUCUCCGAUUUAUGCCGUUGAUUUCACUUCAUCAUUCACUCCUUCAACCACUACUCAAAUUCCAAGAUCAGUUCCAUUACUCAGAUCAAGAGCUAAAAGAUCACCAAGAGUAAUUAAAGCUUCCAAACCAAUUCAAUUAAGUGUUACUUCCAAUGAAGCUUCAUUAACCAAAUCAACUAUCAACUUAUUGGAAUCUCAAAUUUAUAUCUUUUAUACAACUUUAACAGGUUCAUCUCAUAGAGUUGCUAAGACUUUACAAGAAAAGCUUGAAAAUUUAGAAGAUUUAAAAAAUAAACCAAAGUUAUUAAGUUUAGAUGAUGAUUUAGAUGAUCUUGAAGAAUACUUCUUAAAGACUCCAAAUAAUGGUAAUAAUAAGAAUAUUUAUUUAUUAGUAUUGCCAUCUUAUGAAACUGAUUCUCCUAUUGAUUAUUUCCUUGAACAUUUGAAAGAUACUUAUCAAGAUUUCAGAGUUGAUAAAUAUCCAUUGAGAUCUUUAUUAGGAUUUGCUGUGUUAGGUUUAGGAGAUUCUGAAUCUUGGAAUGGUGAGAAAUUCUGUUAUCAAGCUAAAUUAGCUGAUAGAUGGAUGGGUAAAUUAGGAGCUAGAAGACUUUUCCCAGUUGGUGAAGUUUGUAUGAAAUAUGAAGGUGAACCAAAAGCCAAUGAAUGGAUUCAAAACUUUGCUCAAUUACUUUCUGAUGAUGAACCAUUCUACAUAGAUGAAAACGAUGAUGUUGAUGAUAGUGAUAAAGAAGAUUCCGAAGAAGGAACUGAUGAUGCUGAUACAUUAGUUGAUGUUGAAGAUAUGGGAGAUAUAAUAAGAAAAUCAGGCACAAGAGGUUUAGCCGGUAAUAGUACUAACGAAGAAGUAAAACAAAUGGUAGCUAAAGAUUCACCAACUUAUAAAUCAUUAACCAAACAAGGUUAUACUAUAGUUGGAUCUCAUUCUGGGGUUAAGAUUUGUAGAUGGACCAAAAGUGCAUUAAGAGGUAGAGGAUCAUGUUAUAAAUUUGCAUUUUAUGGUAUUAAAUCUCAUUUAUGUAUGGAGACUACUCCAUCAUUAGCUUGUUCUAAUAAAUGUGUUUUCUGUUGGAGACAUGGUACUAAUCCAGUAGCUAAGCUGAAUUGGAGAUGGGAAUUAGAUCCACCUGAAAAAGUGUUUGAAGGUGCAUUAGCAGGUCAUUAUCAAAAAAUUAAGCAAAUGAGAGGUGUUCCAGGUAUUCAAAUGGAUAGAUUCCAAGAAGCCUUUCAAGUUAGACAUUGUGCAUUAUCACUUGUUGGAGAACCAAUUUUCUAUCCUCAUAUUAAUGAAUUUGUGGGUAUGUUACAUGAAAAGCAUAUUUCAUCAUUCUUAGUUUGUAAUGCUCAACAUCCUGAUAAUUUAGCUAAAUUACAAAAGGUCACUCAAUUAUAUGUUAGUAUUGAUGCUCCAAAUAGACAAGAUUUAAAGAAAGUUGAUCGUCCAUUAAAUAGUGAUUUCUGGGAAAGAUUAAUGUCAUGUUUGGAUAUUUUAAGAACUAUUCAAAAGCAUCAACGUACAGUUUUCAGAUUAACUUUAGUGAAGGGAUUUAAUAUGGGUGAUAUUGAAAGUUAUGCUGAUAUGGUAGCUAGAGCCUUACCAUCCCAAAUUGAAAUCAAAGGUGCUACCUUCUGUGGUUCAUCUAGUGCUAAUGGUAAUCCAUUGACCAUGCAAAAUAUUCCAUUCUAUGAAGAAUGUAAAGAGUUUGUGGUUAAUUUAAGUAAUGAAUUGAAAUCAAGAGGUCUUAAUUAUGAUAUUGCUGCUGAACAUGCUCAUUCAUGUUGUAUUUUAAUGGCUGAUACCAAAUUUAAGAUCAAUGGUAAAUGGCAUACCCAUAUAGAUUAUCCUAAAUUUUUUGAAUUAUUAGAAAGUGGUAAAGAGUUUGUGGAUUUAGAUUAUGUUAAGGAAACACCAGAAUGGGCCGUUUGGGGAUCAGAUGAAGCAGGGUUUAAUCCUGAAGAUACUAAAUUUGAUAGAAAAGCUGAAAAAUUAAAGAACAAACUUGCAAGAGAAGAACAAUCUCGUCAAAUUAUAGAACAACAAAAGAACUUUUAA